AUGGGGGGGGGGGGGGGGGGGGGAUAACAUAUAUAGUAAGACGAAAUGUGGAAUAAAUGUCAAAACAACUAAGCAAAACCAUACCAACUCAUCGUCAUCAUAUCUUUGUUUUGUUUCUCAAAUUGUUACUAUAUCAUUCACAUUCAACAACAUAAUAAUUAACCCUCCAUAUCUUCUUACCUCACUCUAGCUCCACACAUGUCACCCAAGUUAUGGUUACCGGUGAUCUUAGUCGUCGUCUUCGCCGGAGCUACGGAUGUUGCCGGUGCAUAUAACCGGCCACCGCCGCAGGAUACCCUCAUUGAAUCACUCGCCGGAGAUUCUGAUCCUACCACUCCACAACAAGUUCACAUAUCUUUGGCCGGUGAAAAUGGAAUCCGAAUUUCAUGGAUUACCAACACCCAUACUCUACCAACGGUUUACUACGGUAUAUCUUCAGGGAAAUAUGAUCAUUCUGCUAACGGGACCAUUUCUUCUUAUGAAUACCUAACUUACACGUCAGGUGAAAUACACGACGUAGUAAUAGGUCCAUUAGACCCGAAUACCAUAUACUAUUAUUGUUUUGCCCUUGGUACGACUCAUGGGUAUUCUUUCAAGACUCCUCCGGCCAGUUUUCCAAUAAAAUUUGUCAUUUCAGGUGACCUUGGACAAACCGGAUGGACCAAAUCUACCCUUGAACACAUUUCACAAACAAACUAUGAUGUGCUUCUACUACCCGGAGAUUUGUCAUAUGCCGAUAUGUUGCAACCACUUUGGGACUCUUACGGACGCCUCGUUGAGCCGUUAGCGAGCCAACGAACAUGGAUGGUGACACAAGGCAACCACGAGGUUGAGAGAAUCCCGGCCAUCCACCCAAGCCCAUUAACCGCCUACAAUGCAAGGUGGCAUAUGCCGUUUGAAGAGAGUGGUUCAACUUCUAACUUGUACUACUCGUUUGAGGUCUCGGGGGUCCACGUCAUCAUGUUGGGUUCCUACACCGAUUUUGACUCUGCCUCUGACCAAUACCAAUGGUUAGAGGCGGAUUUACAAAAGGUUGAUAGGAACAAAACACCAUGGCUCGUGGUGCUUGUUCACGCGCCAUGGUAUAACACUAACUAUGCUCAUCAAGAUGAGAAAGAAUCCGUCGAUAUGAUGGAAUCAAUGGAGGGUUUGCUUUACAAAGCUCGUGUAGAUAUCGUUUUUGCAGGGCAUGUUCACGCCUACGAGCGUUUUAAUCGCGUUUACAAUCAAGAAAGCGACGAUUGUGGCCCCGUGCAUAUCACAAUCGGGGACGGAGGUAACCGUGAAGGUCUUGCAAGCAAGUACAAAGAACCACAACCGACGAUAUCGGCGUUCAGGGAAGCGAGUUUUGGGCAUGGGGAAUUCGAGGUGGUGAAUGGAAGUUAUGCUCUAUGGUCUUGGCAUAGAAAUGACGAUGAUGAAUCAGUUCAAUCUGAUUUGGUUUGGAUUAAAAGUCUUGUUUCUAAUCCAGCUUGUAAUAAGUUAGUAAUAUGAACUCAUUUCUUAGCUAACUGAGUGAUAUAUAAUGAAUACAACAGUUGUGUCAUUCUAUCUUUUGACAA